GGCAAAGUCAGGAAAGAACAAUGGACAUCAGCGGUUCCGCAGUUUUCCGCGGCAUCCAGGCCAUGAUGUUCACCAGCAAAAUCGCCGGCUGCGCUUUCGUAGACGGCGUGUGCAAAACGAAAGCUCGCCAGAGGUUCUCCAUGCCGUCGCCAAUCCGAGGAUUGCUUCGCCUUCUUUACUUCCUCAUCUGUGCAAGUCUUUUCUCCUGCCUUCUGUCGACUUACGUCAUCAUCCGGCUCUGGUUCAGCAGGCCGACGGACCAGAUCACCAUAGUAACUCAAGCGGGCAACUACCUGGUCGUCUACGGUCAGGCCGUCAUCAGCUUCCUCAACCUGGUCCUCAGGCGAGAUCUGCUGGCAGACAUCGUUCUCUCGGCAGCAAAGCUCGAACCAAACCUCUUCUUGGACACGAGAAUGGCUCGCCGCCGUCUUUGGAAGGUCUCGCUCCUCUGUCUCCUUUUCACGCUGGCGGACGCAGUCAAGUAUUUCGCGGGUCACAGCGAUCACAUUGCGGUAGCGUCGCUCCUGUUAGAAGGCCAGAGCGAGCAGUUGUUCAUGGUCGCCUACAUCGCGAGCUGCUUUCUCCUCUCCGUCUGGUACAACAUGGUCUUCUGGCAGAUCGUGUGCUUCUCCAGCCUGUUUCGCGAGUACUUUGCCGCGCUGGCACGUCGGCUAGAAGGCAGCUUGAAGCGUGCUGACUCCGCGCACGUCGACGACCGACGGUGCCUGGCCGCCGAGAACGCGCGCGUCAACCUGGUCGAGCUGCAGAGACUCCUGCGCAAGGUCGACGCUUUCGUCGGGCCACAGGCGCUGUGCUACUACGCCGGCAGCGUCUUCUUCCUCUGCGGGAUGCUGUACAGGAUCGCCGUCUCGAGUAAUACGCUGACCCAGAAGGCGACACGCUGGGGCUACGCGGCAGCCAUGGUGGCCGGCAUCGUUCUCUCCACUGCUGCGGUUGGCAGCAUGAGCAGCCAGGUGUCAAGAAUUCAGAGUAUUGUUCAAGCUUCCAAGUUUCAGAAACUUUCAGAUGCAGCCACACACAGGCUGCACAUAUUGCUAUUAGCAGUGGAAGAGCUGCGAGGUUGCCUGACCGGCUGUGGAAUGUUCGUCAUCAACCUCCCGCUGAUUGUCGCCAUUGCCGGUGCAGUGAUCACGUACACUGUCCUGCUGGUUCAGACCAACGAGAGCAUCACGGGAAACAAGUGCCUAAAAACAUAAUGUACGCUGUGUUGAAUCGGUCAUGGACAGGUUGCUAUUGAAAAUAUGCACACAAGGACGAAAGGGGUAGUAACUUACUAGCUUAUUCAGAACACAGAACUAUGACUAAAUACACGAAAAAAUCGGAGUAUGCUCCUAUCACUGCAACAACGAAAUCAU